AUGGCAGACAGAAAGGCGGAAUUGGAGAGGAAGAAGGCCAAGCUGCAGGCCCUUCGCGAGGAGAAAGACCGACGUCGCCGCGAGAAGGAAAUCAAGGAUAUCGAAGAUGCAUCCCACCGGACCGUCCUGAGCGGGGGCGAUAGGAAAGAACUGGACGAUCUGAUGCGAGAAGUCGGCGUUGCCCCCAUAUCCGAUGUAUUCUCCAGCAUUUCCAGCGCUAAUUCCCUCACGCCCGAGCCCAGCAGGAACCAUACCCCGGAGACUUCGUUGCAGCCUAAUAGUCUACCCAAUAAUGUAACAGCUUUGAAGAGAAAAAUUCCACAAUUAACUGUAGUUUCCGUUCAAUCGACAAACAUUCCUCCGAAAGAAGUUGUUGUUUAUACGAAGCAAACUCAAACUACGACCUCUGGACAUCACGAUGUUAGAGAUGCCCAUGCGACCGAUUACUACGACGAGUACAAUCUUAACCCUGGUUUAGAAUGGGAGGAUGAAUUUACAGAAGGCGAAGACGAGGAGAGCAGUUUACCACCGCAUCUGGGAGGAUUCGGCGGCAGCAAAUUGCCCCCGGGCAUACUUCCCCACGGGCUGCCCCAGGUCAAGGAAGUCCAACCGGCCGUCACCGCCUUGGAGCAGGAGCAACAGAAGAAAGAGGACCUUAAAGAAGUUCGAGAGCUUAGCGAAGAAGAGAAGCAGAUGAUUAUUCUAUCGGAAGACUUCCAGCAUUUCAUCGAUAGAGCGGGUAGGAUCAUGGAGAGGGCUUUGUGCGAAAACGUAGAUAUUUAUAUGGAUUAUACCGGAAAUUUCGGAGAGGAAGGAUUGGACGAAAAGUCUCAUCAGCGCAUUUCGUUCCAACGGAAUUUCUUCGACGAUCGAUGGUCGCGCAAUCGAACGGUCACCUCGUUGGACUGGUCGCCGCAGUUUCCCGAACUGAUGCUCGCCGCUUACAACAACAACGAAGAAUCUCCCAACGAUCCCGACGGCGUCGUGCUCAUUUGGAACACGAAAUUCAAGAAAACCACGCCGGAGUACGUUUUUCACUGUCAAAGCGCCGUGCUGUCGGCCACCUUCGCUCGAUUCCAUCCCAAUUUAAUCCUGGGUGGGACCUAUUCGGGACAGAUCGUCCUAUGGGACAACAGAGUGCAAAAACGGACCCCCAUACAGAGGACCCCAUUGUCGGCUUCCGCGCACACGCACCCGGUCUACUGCAUGAGCGUGGUGGGCACGCAGAACGCGCACAAUCUGAUCAGCAUCUCGACCGACGGUCGCCUGUGCUCGUGGUCGUUGGACAUGCUCGGCCAGCCGCAGGAGAUCCUCGAGUUGCACCGGAUGCAAUCGAAACCGGUGGCCGUCACCUGCUUGGAUUUCCCGCAUUCGGACGUGAACAACUUCGUCGUGGGCAGCGAGGAGGGUUCGGCGUAUUCGGCGUGCCGGCACGGCGCCAAAGUGGGCGUGACGGACACGUACGACGGGCACCAGGGUCCCGUGACCGGCAUCAGCGCCAACGGCGUGCAGGGCGGCAUCGAUUUCUCGCACAUGUUCCUCACGUCGUCGAUCGAUUGGACUAUUAAAUUGUGGAGUUUGAAGGACUCGAAGCCGAUUUAUUCGUUCGAAGAUAACGGCGAUUACGUUUUGGAUGUGAAAUGGUCGCCGACUCAUCCGGCUCUGUUCGCCGCUGUGGACGGCAGCGGUCGAUUGGAUUUGUGGAAUUUGAACCAGGAUACGGAAGUGCCGGCGGCGAGCGUCUACGUCGAAGGAAAUCCGGCUUUGAAUAAAGUUUCGUGGACGCCCAACGGGCUGCAGGUCACCGUCGGUGAUAACCAAGGCAGGAUCUGGGUGUACGACGUUGCAGAGAAUUUCGCGCAUCCGAGACACGACGAAUGGAACAAAUUUCUCUACACUACGCAGGAGCUGCGAAAUAAUCAGGUGGUCGAUGAAUUGGAGAAAUUGAAUAUAUCGAUACCGUCUAUGCCGAACUCGUCUUUUAGCAGUAUGGGACCGUUGUCUUUGACGCCUAUGCGAUAG